ACUAACUUGUCCAGGUGUUGAGAAACGGGCCCCUGGAGUCCAAAGAGUUGGAGCAGGCUUAUUGUAAAAUGGAGGGUCCUCAGAACGGGCUUCAGAACUACAAUAGUGGUGAAAACGGGAGUCUUUGGAACGGAUUGCCAGCGUAUAUAAAUAUUUUGCAUCAAGAUGUCAUCUUCUAGUUCACCAUCAUGGUCAAGUUUCUUAGUUGGUGUGUCAGCAGGUGCAGUCACCGUGGCUUCAGUAGCUUUCAUUUGGCAUUAUAGAAACAAACUCAGACAAAAGAUGCAAGGCAACAAUAAUGGUGAGCUUUUGCUAUUAUAUGAUGGAAGAAACAGCAGUCUACCAUUGGAGACCCAUCCUGUGACUCCAGAUAACAUCGCCAUGGAUACCUUGGAUGGGACUGCUGCAUUCAGCACUCAGAGAUCCCUCUUCCUUACUGAUAAUAAUCCUGGCUUAACCUCACAGCAUGCACUGACAGUAACUGACAUGUCUGUGACGGCUGAAGUGAUAGGGAGAGGAGGAGGAGGAGAGCGAAGAGGAGGAGGUGGUGAAGAUGAUCAGAGUGAUGCAGACCAGUUGUAUAGACAUGAAGAUAACCAAAGCCUACUCAAUUUGCUGUUUAAUAUUGCAGAAGACCAGGCCAAAAAAGAGGGCUUUAUACAUCGAGGAAUAACAUGUAAUAUGUGCCAAGCUAGUCCAAUAUGUGGAAUAAGAUAUAAGUGUGCUAAUUGUGUUGACUUUGACAUCUGUGAGCGAUGUGAACCCCAUGAUAGACACAACAGACUGCAUACCUUCAUUAAGAUUAAGAUUCCAAUACCUCCUUUGGCAAAUCCUAGAACUGUGCUCUUCAAACCAUUCUAUCCAGGAAAAGAGAAAGUAAUUAAACGAUGCACAUGGGAUGAUAUCAAUACCUUGAAGAAAAUCACUCAUUUUGAUCAAUAUGAAAUUGAAGCCUUGCAUGAACAAUUCAGGGUACUUUGUAACAAAGAGCAAGGAAUCACCAGAGAAGUGUAUGAUCAGUGUUUAGGACCUCUUGGUUUAGAGAAGAGCUUACUCUUAGAGAGGUUAUUCAAAUUCUAUGAUGCUAAUGGAGAUGGCUACAUUGAUUUCACAGAAUUCACUUGUGGCCUGUCAACAUUGGUCAAAGGUUCAUUUCAGGAAAAGGUCAAAUAUGCCUUUGAGGGAUACGACCUUGAAGGAGUCGGCAGUAUUAGCAGAGAUAACCUGAGACAGAUGUUCAAGGCUUACUUCUAUGUUACUAUUGAGCUUGUUAGAGAUGUAGUGAAGGCAUGCGAAGAAGAAAUGAUGGCAAACUUUGAUGAUAACCAGGGUCGUCCAGUUUCCUCUCUGUUUAGUGCACCCAUCCCAUCAGAUACUGGGUCCCAGAUAACAACUACCAAUGGAAAGAUCCCAUUCCCGGGAAAUCCUGGAAGCAAGGAAGACACAUGGCCAGUGAUGGAAGCUAUGUCACAGGAUGCCAUUGAAGAGAUGGUGGACAAUGUCUUUAAGAUGGCAAAGAUUGAUCCAGAUCACAGAAUAACUUUGGAGCAGUUCAGAAAUCUAGCUAUUGUAGAUAGCAGUCUAGUUGCCUGGUUUGACUCACUGGGACCCAUUUUCUGAUCUUAACAGCUUCAUGAUCAUCUUCAUUAUCAUUCUGUCUUGUCUUGUUGACAGAGGAUUCCAGUCUUUCAAUCAUUGCAUGAUUUGGCCAAUGUUUGGCUUUUGCAUUGUAAAUCAUCACAUUCACUAUUGAUACCCCAGUCACACUAGCAGAUUCAUUUUAACAGUGACACGAAAAGGUCUUCUGCCAUUCAGUGUUAUACUAUAUUACUGUUUUGUUAAUGUGACUAGGGUUUCGUAACUGUUUGGUUAUUCCAUUGUUCAUUUGUUGUUUUUAAACCAGAUAAGUCAUUGAUUAAAGAAAGUCUGCUGCAGAAUUGUUUUCCUCUCUGCAUUCCUCUCUGCAUAGUUCUGUGUAAUGUGACAUUACACAUAGGAUUAUUUGCCAUUUGUUGCCUGUAUCUCUUUUGAAUUUGCCACUGCAGUUGAACAUUCAUACAAGAAUAGCUACAAAUGUGAAUCUUAUACAGAUAUUGGUAUAAAUUAUCAUGUCUUAGCUCUUAACUUUACUAUGCACCUUAGCUCUGCUAUCUGGAAGCACCUGUUAUAGUUGUUAACUGUGCUUUAAGUAUUGGCAUAGCUUGUGCAGUUUCAAAUAUGCCUAAAGCUGGAAUCCUAUGUCUAUAAUGUUCAUUAUUAUUUCACUUCCACAAACACAAAGUCAAAUAUAUAUAGUGUAAGAAAAUGAAACAGUCAAAAGGGAAACAAAUGUUGAACAAGUAUGUCUAUGGUGCUUGGAAAGAGAAAAAGUAAACCUGAUAACUGUAUGCCUCAAGAUUAAUGUCCCAACCUGGAUAGGUAUACCAACAUUCAUAAGAAUGAAAUCAUAUUCACUUUAUACAAAACCGUGUAAUAGAUAUUAAGUAAAAGUAUUCAAUGGUAUUGAAAUCGUAAUACUUGAUUAAGAGCAGAUUUUUACAACAGAAACAUAAUGAUAUUAACAGUGUGUCAAAUCACCUCUGCAGUGUGCUCAUGGUGCAAUGUAAAAAGAAAAAGAAUGUAAAGAAAAGUAAUGCAGUAAGACAUCUAAGGAAAGAGCUGAGGACAAAUAAGAAUCAAAAGCCUGUACAUGCAAUACCAGAAAUAUGUUUAGAGUAAUGUUAUUUCCUAUAACAAGAGGAAGAUCAUUCUCAUGUGAAGAACCACCACCAUGUGUAAGAGCUAAUAGCAGUUUUGUACUAGUUAUAACGUUUUAUGAAUUGGGGUGCAGAUAUUGCUUUGCAAUGUCCUAAGACAUUUAUUAGUUCAUAAUAAUUCCAUACUAUUGUACAGUGAAAUAUUCUGUAAUAGAAAUGAUAUGGCCAAUAGGGAUUCUUUAGCUUUUAAAGCUGUGUGUAUGUGAGAAAACCAUUAACUCAGGGAUUACAAUGGCAUGGUAUGCGCAAAUAAUAUUUAUUUACUCCACUGUAGAUUAUCUUGUGGUAAAAGUGAUGACUCCUCCAAUAUCCGCUCAUCAAGA